AUGAUAAAUGAAGUUUUAUUAAAAAAAUAUAUUGGUGAAGAAAAUUUUAAAAGUGGUUGUAUAAGACCAAAUAAAUAUAAAGAUUCAAUUAAAUAUGCUGAUGAUUUAAUUGAAUUUAUUAAUAAAUAUUCAUUUCUUUAUGAAAAUAGGUCAUUGGAUUUCUUUAGAGAUAAUAUAUGGUCAAGAUUAAUACCAGAAGAGUGGAAACAACCAUUAUUAGAUUUAACAGAUGAUGAAUGUGUUGAAUUUCAUUCUGGAACUGUAAUAAAAGGUGAAUGGCCAAUUUCAUUAAAAUCAUUUAUAACAGAUGCUAUUGAAUUAUGGAUUCCAAAAAAUGUUUAUUUACCAGAUGAUCAAUGGAUAUUACAAGAUACUAAAAAAGAUUUUAAUUUAGAUUCUCUUUUCUUGGGUAUGUCUGAAAAAAAGAUUCAUGAAAUUCUUAGAAUGUCUGAAUUUGUAAAUAUGAUUGCCAAACAAUUAAAUCCAAAUGAAAUUGUUGAUAUAGGUGCUGGUGAAGCUUAUUUAACUCAAAUUCUAAAUCAUCAAUUCAAUCAUAGUAUGACUGCAAUUGAUUGUUCUGAAUCAUUUAUUGAAGGUGCAAUUAAAAGGCAAUCAUUAAUUGAAAAUCAAAGAAUUAAAAAAGAAUUAAAACAACAAAAAGAAACAACAUCAACAACUGAAAUUAUAAAUAAUAAAUUAAAAUUAAAUAAUAUUGAAAACAAUUUAAAUGAAAUUAAAAAAAUUAAAGAAAUUGAAAAAAAAGAAAUUAUGAAUAAAUUAAAUUUAAAAUCAACAAAUAUGUGUGUUACAACGAUUUCAACUGAUAUGAAAAAUGAUGACUUUUUAAAUAUAUUAAAUAGAAAUGAUUCAACUAAAAACUAUGAAUCAAUAAUGUUAAUUGGUUUACAUACUUGUGGUAUUUUACCACCAACAAUGAUUAAAAACUAUUUACAAUGUUCAAAUAUUGAUUCAAUUAUUGAUGUUGGUUGUUGUUAUUAUAAAAUCGAUACAGAUUCUAAUCAUGAAUUUAUGUCUGAUCAUUGUAUUAAAAAAAAUUUAAAACUUGGUCCUGCACCUUUAAAAUUAUCUUGUGAAGCAAGUGAUUCAAGCCAAAAAGAUUUAGAAAGUUUUAAAUACAGCAGUAGAAUUCAUUAUUAUAGAGUAAUUUUAGAAGAUUGGAUUUUAAAUGAAAUCAAUAAAUCUAAUAAUAAUUUAAUUAAAUCUCAUGAUUUUACAAUUAGAAAUAUUUCAAAAAAUCAAUCAAAAGAUUAUAAAUCCUAUUAUAAUGCUGCAUUAAUUAGAAUGAAAAGGCAACAAAAUGAACAAUCAAUUCAUUUAGAUUUUAAAUUACCAGAAACUUGUCAACCAAUAAUUUCAUAUUUUGAACAACAAAAUCAAAAACAACAAGAAAAACAAAUUACCACUUUUUUAUUACUUCGUAGUUUAUUAGCACCAGUAUUAGAAUCUAUAAUAGUUUUGGAUCGUUUUCUUUAUCUAAAUCAAUUUUCUUCAACUACUCAAUCUUUUAUUAUUCCAAUUUUUAAUAAAUUAAUUUCACCAAGAAAUUUAAUAAUUUUAAGUUUUAAAAAUAAAAAAUAA